AUUCCGUUCUUGAGCAUCAGUGUUAACGGAUUUCUACUUCUGUUAUCACUUCGGGAUAUCUUCUUUCGGAGGCGAAAAAAAAAAAAUAUUCAGCGCUUUUUAAAUGCAUUUUUGAAGUUCCUUUUAUUUAAAUGACUGAAAUUUUAAAUGCAGCCUGUAGACCGAGUUGUUUCCGAGAUACCGACAGAAACUUAAUCGAUAUAAAUUCGUUGAAACAGGUUGCGCGGGUCGUCUGCUGUUUGUUGUCAUGCUGAACUGAAAAACUAUUCCUUACUUUAGCGCAAGGUUUUGUUGAUUUUGCUAUGACAAUUUAAUAUGUAAGCGCCAAAUCAUUAUUACAUCCGUCUCGAUUACUUAAACUUAUUUAGUUUCGUUAUUAUUAUUAUUAUUUUUUUUUUCCUGCGCAAAAAUAUUGGAGUGGUCCUUCGGACAUCGAUCCACAUAUAAUCAAAUUUUGUUUGGAAUCAUUUCGCUUCGGGUUAUUCUGUGCACUGAAAUGACAGAUAAUCAGCCAUGCGACCAAGACCAGCAUAUUACAUCCAUUGCGGACGCAGUGGUGAAACUGAAAGAACUUCGAGAAAGCAACAAGAAUUUGAAUGAACCAGACAUCGAGGAAAAAUUUGCUCGACUGUCGCUUGCUUUCAAAACUGAUAAAUUUACCUUGGGAAAACGUCUGGAACUACAAGCUCGACAAAGAGAUAUCGCUGAAAAAAAUAUUGAAGUCGAAUUAAAAGCCUUAAGGGAAUCUUUAAAUGCUUUGAACCAACUAUGCACAGAGUCAGAUAUGCGAGAAGUUAUAACAAAAACCCAGCAGCAUGUAGAUAUUGUUCAACAAGCCACAAUGAGGAUGUCUAGUCGGGCCGAGACUUAUGGAGCUGUCCAACAAGAACAACGAUUGAAUUGUGCAUUUGAAACUAUGUUAAAUUAUGUUGAACAUCUGAAACUCUUGUAUGACAAAGAACAUAUUGAACUGGAAGAAUAUCGACGUCUGCUGGCAGAGAAUAACCUCCUUCCUGAUGAAAAAGGGUCCCUUGAUGGAGAUGAUUCCAAACGGUCACUUCCACCGAGAUCACACUCUUUGUCUAGCUCAUCAAAGCCUGAAUUCUUGAGACAUGGAAGUUUGGGAACAUUCAUCCGUCCUCCUCACUCUGACACUCAUAAAGUAAUUAGUCGUGAAAACAGCGCUGGCCAUUUGUCUUCAUCGGGUGUGAACAUGAGUAUCGUAAGGCAAAAACUGGAAGCCAGAACAAGACUGUUAAGUUCCGUGUGCUUAUUGAACAACAAUUAUGAAUCACCUCGCAGUGCUGCAAAUGGAAGCACUACUCCUUCAUCUGGAUCUGUAUCUCCCAAAAGUAGACGUUCCUCACUUCCUGUAGGACCUCUUGCACAGUCUUCUCAUUCGUCAAAUAGUGUUACACAAAUUACCUGCGGAAAUCGAACUCACAAGUACAUAAGUGAGACUAAAAAUGAAGGAAAAGAAAGUCAAGCUAAGCACCUUCAAGAAAAUGUUGCUUCUAUACUGAAAGCAGAGUCAUCUGAUUCUGCUUUUGGUACAGAAGAAAUGGAAACUCACAAAGAUCCACAGGCUCAGUCUGCAUAUGAAAAGGAGACUUCUCCUCAAAAAGACAGUAGUGAACUGAGCUUUCCAAAUUCUUGUAUAUCAUGUAUUGACCAGAAACACACCUCAAAUUUAACUUGUUCUUUGCAAGAAUCCAACUGUGAUAAUGAAAUGGGGGAAGAUAUUUGUAUCCUACCUGAAAUCACUAUACCAGUGAAGUCUAAACCUUUGUAUUUAUUCAAACUCCCAACAUAUAUGGCACUUGGACAUUCUGUUCAACGUAUCUGGCACUGGGAUAAUGCAACACUCAUCUUGCACGCUCGCUAUACACUUAGUGUAAUGUUAGCUACAGCUGCAAUGCUGACUUUGGUGCUUACAUUUGUCCCAAACCAGGUUAUAGCACAGUUGAUGAAAGACCCGAAAGGGAAAUUUUAAAGAUUUAUGGCAUAUCAUCCACCCAUCAGAGAACUUUUCUGUAUGUCAUUAUCACAACUGUGAUUCUUGCACCAUAUGUAUGUGAUGUUUCAAUUUUUUUUAUGCUUUGAAUGUUUUAAGUAUUUUCUCCAAUGUCAAAAAUAUUUAUAUGCAAAUAUAUCCAUUGAAAACUUGUUUAAGAUUUUCCUUGAUUUUUUAAGCUUUAUGUAAUUACUUAUUACAUGCAUUUGCAGUUCUUCAAAUGCCUGCAUUUAUUGUAAAUUUGCCAUUUUUCCAAAAAUUUUAUUUAUAAAAAUUUUUACACAUAAAUGUCAUUUAAACAAUAUAUUUUUUUCUAUUAAGUGUAUAUAUAUAUAAA